AUGGAACUAGGCAUUUCUGAUGAUAUACGACAUAGUCAACGCUAUAUAACAAACUAUAAAAAAGCAAACUGGCAGUUGUUUAGAAAUAUAAUUAAUGAUAAACUAAUAAUAAACUCAAAAAUUUCUAUCAAAGUAGAUGUUGAUUAUACAGUGGACCAAUUAGAAAAUAUUAUUAUAGAGGCUAAAAAUAAAGCAAUACCUGAAAUAACUAUCAAACCAAACGCUGCUAGAUGCAAAUAUCAAAGAACAAGAUUAGAUAAUUACAAAAAACUUAAAAACUCCUUAACAAAUGAAAUUAACUCCCGAAUACGCGAUUUCAACAAUAAAAUGUGGGAUAAAAAACUUAAUAAAUUAUCAGUAAAAGAUAAUUCCAUAUGGAAAAUAGCAAAAUCCUUUACUAAGAAAUUUGACAACUUGAUACCUACACUACAUGGACCGAACGGUUUAGCAUUUUCGGAGGUAGACAAAGUAAAUACACUUGCCGAAAACUUCGAAAGAGUACACCACUUGACAGAAAAUGAUGGAGACGAUGAAACAGAAACAAUAUGUAUGUACAUUAAUAUACACUGGUUACAAAUAGUUUUGUCAUCUCAACACCUCAAAAUUCUUCAGUAUUAA